GCGACUCCGGGGAGGGUGUCGGGGGAGCAGGCUCGGCGGUGGGGCCGCGGGGUGACUAGCGCCCUCUGGCCGGCGCCGCCCGCGGGCGCACCCACCGCGCCGGCACCCCGCUCCCGCGCAGCCACCGCCGCCGCCGCCGCCGCCCAGCCGCGAGCUCGGGCCGCUGUCGCCCGCAGGGAGCGGCCAUGUCACCGUUUCUUCGAAUUGGUUUGUCCAACUUUGACUGUGGGUCCUGCCAGCCGUGCCAGGGAGAGGCCGUUAACCCUUACUGUGCUGUGCUUGUCAAAGAAUAUGUUGAAUCAGAGAAUGGGCAGAUGUACAUCCAGAAAAAGCCAACCAUGUACCCUCCCUGGGACAGCACUUUUGACGCCCAUAUCAACAAGGGAAGAGUAAUGCAGAUCAUCGUAAAGGGCAAAAAUGUGGACCUAAUAUCUGAAACAACUGUGGAGCUCUACUCCCUGGCCGAGAGAUGUAGGAAAAACAAUGGGAAGACAGAAAUAUGGUUAGAGCUGAAACCUCAAGGCCGAAUGCUAAUGAACGCAAGAUACUUUCUGGAAAUGAGUGACACAAAGGACAUGAGUGAAUUCGAGAACGAAGGCUUCUUUGCUCUGCAUCAGCGCCGAGGAGCCAUCAAACAGGCCAAGAUCCACCACGUCAAGUGCCAUGAGUUCACGGCCACCUUUUUCCCACAACCCACGUUUUGCUCCGUCUGCCAUGAGUUUGUCUGGGGUCUGAACAAACAGGGCUACCAGUGUCGACAAUGUAAUGCAGCAAUUCACAAGAAGUGUAUUGAUAAGGUUAUAGCGAAGUGCACGGGAUCAGCUAUCAACAGCCGAGAAACCAUGUUCCACAAGGAGAGGUUCAAAAUCGACAUGCCACACAGAUUUAAGGUCUACAAUUACAAGAGCCCCACCUUCUGUGAGCACUGUGGGACCCUGCUCUGGGGCCUGGCGAGGCAAGGCCUCAAGUGUGACGCAUGUGGCAUGAACGUACAUCACAGAUGCCAGACAAAGGUCGCCAACCUUUGUGGCAUAAACCAGAAGCUAAUGGCUGAAGCACUGGCAAUGAUCGAGAGCGCUCAACAGGCCCGCUGCUUAAGAGACUCUGAACACAUCUUCAGAGAAGGUCCAGUUGAAAUUGGUCUCCCAUGCUCCAUAAAAGGUGAAGCAAAGCUGCCGUAUGGACCAGCACCGGGGAAAAAAGAGCCUCAGGGGAUCUCCUGGGAGUCUCCCUUGGAUGAGAUGGAGAAAGUAGGCCAUCGUCCAGAACCUGAACUUAACGUAGAAAGACCAUCUCUACGUAUGAAAUUAAAAAUCGAGGAUUUUACCUUGCACAAAAUGUUGGGGAAAGGAAGUUUUGGCAAGGUCUUCCUAGCGGAGUUCAAGAAAACCAAUCAAUUUUUCGCAAUAAAAGCCUUAAAGAAAGAUGUGGUUUUGAUGGACGACGACGUGGAGUGUACAAUGGUAGAGAAGAGAGUUCUCUCCUUGGCCUGGGAGCAUCCGUUCUUAACGCACAUGUUCUGUACGUUCCAGACCAAGGAAAACCUCUUUUUUGUGAUGGAGUAUCUCAACGGAGGAGACUUAAUGUACCACAUCCAGAGCUGCCACAAGUUCGAUCUUUGCAGAGCCACGUUCUAUGCUGCCGAAAUCAUUCUCGGUCUGCAGUUCCUUCAUUCCAAAGGAAUAGUCUACAGGGACCUGAAGCUUGAUAACAUCCUGUUAGACAAAGAUGGACACAUCAAAAUAGCGGACUUUGGGAUGUGCAAGGAGAACAUGCUGGGGGACGCCAGGACCAACACCUUCUGCGGGACCCCCGACUACAUCGCCCCGGAGAUCCUGCUGGGUCAGAAGUACAACCAUUCUGUGGACUGGUGGUCCUUUGGCGUCCUUCUCUAUGAGAUGCUAAUAGGUCAGUCACCUUUCCAUGGGCAAGAUGAAGAGGAACUCUUCCACUCCAUCCGCAUGGACAGCCCCUUUUACCCACGAUGGCUCGAGAAGGAGGCUAAGGACCUUUUAGUGCAGGUACAUAUGCCAGGCUCAGGAGGCUCUCUGUCACGAUCCUCUUGGAACAAAUGCCGCAUGUUACUGGGGAAAACUAACAGGAAACCUAGCAUGUGCACACUUCUAACCUGAUUCCCUGAAGCAUUUAAUUAUAACAACACGAGGCUGGGUUUCGGCUUGUUCAUGGGGCACUCGCACCUUCUCUCUAACCUUGCUUCAUCAAAAUAUCCUUAAGAAGUGGAAGUCGAACAUUUAUCAGGAUCAUUUCAAGGCAAGGGAUGGGGGGCAAGUCACUUAUUCCCUCUUCUCCUGAAAGCAUCAAUCUGCUUUUCCCUCUCUUGACUCUUGCUGGUGUCUGAGUCUAUAGGAAAGUGUGCUGUACUGUGAACUUUUCUCUAGGCUGUUCUAUAUGCUGAAACCAAGAGACUAACAGAAGACAGAGACUUUAAGACACGUAAUCUAGAAAAAAAGUAGAAAGACAGCUUACUCAUGCAUUCAACAAACAUUUAUUGAGUGUCUGCUUUGUACAUGGCACUGGGCUGGAUUCUGUAAGAAACAGAAACAUAAAUGAUAUCUGCCUGCCAGAGCUUACACUACAGCAGGAAAGACAGUCUUUAAAUACACACACACACACACACACACACACACAGAGUGUGCUAAUUUCCUUUAGUGGAAGGGAGGUGUUCUAUGGACCACAGAGGAGAGACCAUCCAAAACCAGAAGUAGGAAGGGGUUGCUCAUCAUUUAGGCUCUACUGCUGGCUAGACCCGUGGUCUUAAGCAAGUUACUUAGCCACUCUGAGCCUCGGUUUCUAAAAGCUUUCUGCUUUUAGAAUCUGCCUUUAAAGUCAAGAUGGUCUCGUUGAGGCCUCUAGCACAAGACCUGACUCUCAAGGGACAUUGGGUGGGAUGAGUGAUGUAACCAACCAUGUGAAUAUGACUUGAGGAGAGAGAGCUCACCAUGGGUGGAGGUAAUCAAAGAAAGCUUCACAGAGAAGAGGGGGUGUAAGCUGAAUCCUGACAGGUGAGUCAGGAUUUAAAGAAGAAGAGGAAGAAAUGGGAGUGGAUGUGGGGAGAGGGAAACCCUGGCAAGAUGGAAAUGUCAUUGGUGAAGGGCAGAGGUAGGAAAGGCAGAUGCGUAUGCAAUGAGUAGACGUGUCCGGAUGGAAGAGAAGGUCACAGUGAAAUCAGAGGACGAGUGUCAGCAUUGCAGAGAGCCUGGAAGACGGGCCUAGGGGUUCAGGGAUGUUAGGACUCACGGGACAUAAGGACCACCUUGUCUGACCCUUCAUUUUACAGGUGAGGGAACUGAGACUCAGAAAACUUGCCCCAGGCCAACAGACUGAAUGACAGUCUCAUGUUAUAUCCACUAUGCAGUGAUUUUCUAAUGGGGUGCUCUGGAACCCUAAGUUUCCAUAGAGAGGCCUCAGUGGCCUCCAUAUGAAAAAGGGGAGAGGAAGCUGGGGCCAUUCCAACAAUUUACCACUUGGAUAUACUAGGAGGUCGCAUGAGGUCUCACUUGGGCUUUUAGAGGAGUCUCCUAAUUAAAAAAAAAGAAAGAAAAACAAUCUCCACUUUGCUACAGCUUGGUAGUUAAUUAGUUAGUUAGUGAUUAUAGACUAGAGCUUUUGAAGAUUCUGACUACACAUAAGACUGACUCUUCUUAUGAGAGGGAUAAGCAAGAGGUUCAGGCAAUGUAGGUGCACAUGGAGGUCCAGUCCCGCCAGAACUUCAUGAAAAAUCACUGCACUUGACUUGGAUUCUGUUUUCAAGACUCAGAGUCUCCAUAUGAUACCCUGUAAUAAGCAGUUAUUUGAUACAUAAACAUCUGGCUGACGCAAGAGAAGAGGUAACUACUCCAGGCCCCCAGGACCCGAGACUAUUCUAGGACUCUUCUACUUCCUUAAAGCCCGUGACGUGUUUUAUUUAAGUUUGAAGAGUUUCCAGGUUUCUUUCCUGUGCUGGCCAACGUUCAUUUUGACCUCAUGGGGGAAAGUAAUAGGAGAGGGGAGCGCACAAAGAGGAAAUACAUGUGUGAUGGGUCAGAGAUGAUUAAAGAUGAUUUGAAUAAAGUAUUAGUGUCCAGCAGGUUUGCAGGAAGGAAGAGUGAUUCCGGAUACUCAGAUGCCUUACAAAAUACAAAGCUGAUUGUCAGGGGCUAGUUUAUGUCACGCCUGAAGUGAGCUUUUCUUUAGAGCAAGACUGUAAUCCUAAGAAAGCAGCUUUUAAAGAAAUCAAACUUGAUCGAUGGACAGUAAACCAAACAACACACACACUGGUCACUUCCUUUCUGCUGUUGGCUUCUACAGACCAGGAAUUAGCACACACCUCUGUGUGUGUGUGUGUAUUGUUGUUGUUGUUUUAACCCACAAAACAGCCCUGUGAGGAGGAUACUUCCCUCACCUUACUGAUGAGGGAACUGACUCUAUAACUUGCCAGGUCCCAUGAAUAACAACACAGGGCAAAGCUGAUUUCAACCCAGGUCUAGAUAACUCAAAACAUUGCACUUCUAGAGCAAAGCCCAGACUCUGGAAUAUUCAGUAGACUUGUUGCCGCUGGUUUGACUUGAGUCGAUAGUUUAUGGUGGUUGGUAGAAAAACAAGGUUCGGAAAUCAGGUGGCAAAAGCCGGGCCCUUCUCUUAGUGGAGUCAAGUGCGUGCUGUCCUGCCUCCCAGGGGCCUGGUUCAUCCCUUGAGAAGUAACUGCUCCCCUUCUGCUC